AGAAUUGUUUUUAUUUAUUAUUUGAUGUAUCAUAAUGUUUGAGAGUGUUUGUGAACUAGUUUUUAAUAAUUACUUCUCAUUGUUGUAAGCACAGUCAUAGAGACUGCGUCGAGCACGUAGGUGAAGUGUACGACGACUUGGACGACUUCACCGGUUUCAACGUCGUCGAGGACUUUCACGUCGAUUACAAUUCGCGAGAGAAUUUUUUAUAAAAAACAAUAACAUUUUUUGUAAUUUUUUGCAAUCGAAUGGUUUUAUCGGUGCAUCAAAAACGAUAAUGGAUACAAAGGUAGAUAAAAAGAACAGAGUGUCAAAGUGCUGCCAGAGUGAUUCUAUGACUUCUAUUAACGUGACACCAGAAGACAACGGGAUUUGUGAAGCUUUAAACGAUUUUGUUACAUCCCCGGGUGAUAUCCUUACGAAUCUAAUGAACAACAAUCAUCAAAAAGAUGAUAAAUACGCAUACCAUCGGUUCGCCAAAAAGGAUCCGGUUGAUAUUAAAUUUGAAAAUGUUUAUUAUCGAGCGUUGAUGAUACAUUUUCAAUCAAGGAUAAAAAUUGAACGCAAAGAAAUUUUACAUGGAGUUAGCGGCGAAUUUAAUUCCGGCGAACUUACCGCUAUUAUGGGUCCAUCAGGAGCUGGAAAAAGUACAUUACUCAACAUCUUGGCUGGAUAUAUCACGCGAGGAAGCGAAGGAACCAUAAUGAUGAACGAUUCUGUUCGCGAUGAGAGUCCAAAAUUUCGAAAACUGGUUGCUUAUAUUCCUCAAGAUGAAGAACUCCGAUUGAGUUUGACAGCAAUUGAAAAUAUGACAGUUGCUGCUCAUUUAAAGCUUGGCUAUUCAGUUAGCACGGAGUAUAAAAUGAAACAGGUAGUACAAAUCAUGCAACUUUUGGGUUUACAAGAAUGUCACAACACAAUGACACAAAGAUUAUCAGGUGGUCAAAGAAAACGGUUAGCAAUCGCUUUAGAAUUGUUAAGCAACCCUCCGAUUAUAUUCUUGGAUGAACCAACAACAGGAUUGGAUAGUUUGUCUUGUACUCAAUGCGUUGAAUUGCUCAGAAAACUUGCUAGAGAUGGUCGAACUGUUGUUUGCACAAUUCACCAACCUUCAGCCCUUAUUUUUGAAAAAUUCGAUAAAUUAUAUGCUUUAUCCGAUGGUAACUGUAUUUAUAACGGAACAAUUCCCGAUUUGGUUCCUUACUUAGGAAAUAUUGGAUUACAAUGUCCCAAUUACCAUAACCCAGCUGAUUUUUUGAUGGAAGUUGCGAUUGGAGAACAUGGAACUACCGUACAACAACUAGCUGAUUACCAUCGAGAGAGCGAAUUAAAAGCUAUUGAGCAAUCGGAAAAAGUAACUGAAAAAAAUAAAGAAAUAAUGGAUAGUACAAAGACGAUUCCUGUGGAUACAGCUCCUCAACCUGCGAACGUAUUGAUGCAGUUCCUAUUGUUAUAUAAAAGGAAUUUGGUCAUGGCAACACGAGAAUAUUCCCUGUAUGUGAAUAGAUUAAUGGCUCACGUGCUGAUAGCGUUCCUCUUUGGGUAUCUAUAUUUGAAUUGCGGAAUAGGCGCAAACACGGUCUUAGCCAAUUAUGUUUAUUUGUACGGAUCUCUUCUUCUUGUUGUAUAUACUGGACAAAUGUCGGUUACUUUAUCUUUUCCUUUGGAAAUGAAGGUAUUAGCUCGUGAACACUUUAAUAGAUGGUACAAGCUAACUCCUUAUCUACUUUCUGGUAUAUUAAUCGAGAUUCCAUUUCAGCUCCUUUGUACAUGGUCUUAUGUAGCAAUAACGUAUUGGUUAACAAGUCAACCAGUUGAUCAACGAUUAUACUUCUUCAUGGCUUUCUGCACCUUAUCAACAUUAUGUGCUCAAGCUUGGGGAUAUUUCAUUGGAGCAACAACACCGAUUAAAAUCGCUGUGUUCAUCGGACCAGUUCUGGCUUGUCUUUUCUCAAUUUUCGGAUUUUGCAUUCGCUACUACGAUACUCCGGUUAUGUUCAGAUGGAUGUUCCAUAUCAGUUAUUUCCGAGCUGGUUUCCAAGGUCUUGUUUACUCCGUUUAUGGACUUCCAAGGCCAAAUCUUUACUGUCCAGAAACUGAAUUAUAUUGUCACUAUUUAGAACCGAAAAAAUUCCUCACCGAGAUGGAAGUAAUCGAUAUCAAUUUGUGGUCAAACAUUUCCUUUAUUAUCGUUGUUAGUUUCUUGAUGCACGUUGCAACCUACGCUGCCGUUUGGUUCAAAUUGCACAAACGAUAAGGCGAGUACCAAUAAAAGUCAAGAUAAAGCUGUGAAUUUACAUGAACAAAAGUAUUUCAUUUAUUUAGUAAACCGGUCUUCUUAAGUUUUAUUUAUUGUUAAUUUUGUUUGCUACUUUCUUUAAUCACAAAAACGUUCCUUAGAUACGGAUGAUAACAUGUAUUAGAUGAUUUUAUUUUGAAUGUAUAGUUUUUUAUAUUUAAAUUAAAUUAAAUAAAGUUAAUUUUUGAUUCACAAUAAACCAAAGAUUAAAUUUGGCAAAUUUGUGGCAAUACAAAGUAUUUUUCAUUGUAAACAUUUCUUUUGUUAGAAUAGAUUUAUUUUUUUAAAUAGUAUUUUGUACAUUUUAUACGAGUAUUGUAUCUAUACUUUUUCUUGUUAGAACUAGUCACGUUUAAGCAAAAAAAAUAAAUAAAUGUACAUUCUGUAUAAA